ACUAUGGGGUCCAACCCGUCUAAUCAUGUGCCCAACCAUGAUGAGAAUUCAUUAUCUCAUCCACCGCGAAAGGAGAGCCAAUAUAUGUUAGCUGACAAGGUUGUGGACCAAUGGGAUGACAGUGACAUUGAAAACUCCUCUGGAAGUGCAUCAUAUGAAGUUGUGCCCUAUAAGAGUGCCCAGGGAGAAAGCAUCUUUCUUGUGCCGCCUAAAAAAAGAAAAUUCACUAUUGAUACAUAUGUUGUGGAAUGUAGUACUUGCCAGAAAUGGACAAUUAUACCAAGCAAACAUAAAUAUGAGCAAAUCCGAGAGAACAUUAUACAAGUUCCUUUUUCGUGCAAAUAUGUCCAUGGGUGGAAGCCAGAAGUUACAUGUCAUGAUCCAACUGAUAUAUCUGAGGGUAAUGGCAUGGUAUGGGCGAUCGGUAAACCAGGUAUCCCUCAGGCUCCUCUUGGGUGGGAAAGGAAGAUUACUCUAAGGAGUGAACAGGGCACAACAUUCGGUGACGUGUACUAUAUCUGUCCUGCGGGCAGAAAAUUAAGAUCCAUGAAAGAGGUCGAAAGGUGUUUUGAAGACAACCCAGACUAUGCUGCCGUUUUACAGUUAUCUCAGUUUUCGUUCAAGGUACCUAAACCUCCAAAUCGCCCUCGUCAGUCAAAGCUUAUUGAACCGACUGAAGUGCCACCUCCAGUUCACAGGGAUCCGAUGCACAACUACAUGUCGGUCCCUCACGGAGAAGCCAAUCCUCUAACUCACAUACCAGUGACACUAGCUCUACAAGUACCAGUGAUAUGCUCCAAAAAGAGAAAACCAAACCAGUGA